AUGAGCAAGUUACGUGCCGAUAUUACGUAUAGUCACCGGAUUCGAUCUGAUUUAGCAUAUAACGAUAAUAAAGAUGUCUCUAAUAUAAAUAUAAAUGCAGAACCAACUGGCACUAAUAUUGAAAUACUUAAUCAGGAUAGUACAAAUAAUUUAAAUUCUGAAGAUGUGGAAAUCUAUGAAUCUUUAGAAAAUAGAGAAAUGUUUGAAUUAUCAGAUGAAGAAUCGGAUAGUGAAGAUGCAAAUGACAAUGAAGAUUUUGAUAAUUAUUUGCAAGUGUGGGCAGAUAUGUUAGAAGAAGAAAGAAAGCAUUUCGAAGAGGAGGAUAUAGAAGAGGAAUAUAUGGAUGAAGAUGAACUUUCUCUUACCCAUCCUGCGAUUAACACUAACACGAAAUGGGAGUUGGCUACUCUGUUUAAAAAAUUAGAACUAAAAGACAUUUUUUAA